GACUAUGGACGCGUUUGACGGAAUAUUACUAGUUAUAGUAAAACCAUUUAAGUGCCGUAUAAAAUUUUGAUUAAUUAAUUGCCGAAGACAAGUGAUUGUUAGUAGUUGAUAAGAAUUCAUUCAUAAAUGUGCGUCAAUUAAGAUUAUUUGAGUGCUCAUUAAACGGGUGUUUUUAUCAACAAUCGAUUGUUUUGUUGUGGUAGUGGUAAACAUCGCUUCUUAAGUGUUUUUGUGCAAAACCAGAACGUUCAGUGCAAUAGGCCGCGACAAAGAACCGUCUUCUAGCAGCCAGGCCACCAGCAGUGAUGCAUCUCCUCAAGACGAAGAAGCCGAGGGUACCAUGAACCGGGAGAACGUCUCCAACAAGAUAGCUGCCGGCAUGGACCGGUGGCAGAACACUUUGGAAGACAUGAUCAACCUUCGAUCUUCUAAUAAUACCGUCUUUAAGGAUUAUUAUUGGGCCCAAAACGGUUUCGAUGAGCUCCGUCGCUAUGUGAAGCAAGGAAGCGACUUCAGCAAAGAACUCUCAUCCAUAUUACAAGAGAGAAUUGAAGCAGAGAUAUACUACUCAAAAUGCUUGGCCAAGCUUGGCACGAAGCUGACCAAAGCCUGCAAGGAGAGCGUCGGCUCCUGCGCAGAGGCCUGGAAACAUGUCGCGCUCGAGAUGGAGAAACGGGCAGAAAUACACAGAAAUUACUCAAGCGCUUUGUCUGACGAACUAGUGAAGCCAAUGAAACAUGUAAUCGACAAUCAGCUGAAGCUUCGGAAGAAGAUCGAAGGCAACGUUGACAAGACCACGCGAUCUCUGAGUGACUGGAGAACUGCGGAGGCGAAGUCAAAGAAACACUCUCACACCGCGGCUCGAGAGAACGAAAAGUUACAGGACGCCACGCUGGACAUGAGCCGACUUUCGCGAAGUUCGAGUGUUGGUCACAUACCUCAUGCGCAUUCGAUCCUGAGUGCCGCGCGGGCGGAGCGACUGCCCAACGCGACGAGUGAGAAGGACGCAGCUAAGCUUCAGGUGAAGAAGAGGAAGACGGAAGAUGCCGUCAAGAAAACUGAAGUGGAAUAUUACAAUGUGUGCGUGCAUGCGGAACGAGCUAGAUUGGAAUGGGAGACGAGCGUCGUAAAGGGUGCUGGUAUGCUGGAGUCUCUCGAGGAAGAGAGACUGGCACAGCUGAAGACCGCAGCCGAUUGCUACCUGCGGCUCACGGCAGCCGUGCCGGCACAAUUAGCAGAGGCCACAAACAUACUUCUAAACCCAAUAAAGAAUGCGAACGCGACCACAGACAUGCGAGCGGUUCGCGGCGUGCGCUCAGCCCAGACGGGCGCCAGUGAGCAGCUGCUGCCAGACUUCUACUGCGAGCAUACCACGCUGGCUAUGAAUAGGGAACGACGUAAACAGGCGCUGCUGAAGAUACUACAACUAGUAAAACAAGACAUUGAAAGAGAACGUAAAUCUAAGCAAGGUCUCGAGAAGCUGUCGAUGGCCAUCAAGCAAACCCCCACCUUCGGUAACGACGACUCGCAGCAGAAUGUCGCUGAUAAACUAUACCAUAUGAGGAGUAUGCUAACAUAUCUAGAAGCAGUCCGGUACAAGAUCACGGCGAGCCUCAACGAGCUGGACAACAGGCCGCCCGCCCAGCACCCUCUCGCGGCGCACAUACAGAUCAUACGCGACAAGCAGGGACUGCAGCAGAGUAUUCUUAAAGUACCUCCAUGGCUCCAAGCGGACUACCAAAGCGAAGUCAACAAGAACCUCACUCCGAACUACACAGCCUUAACGAAAAGCGUGAACGGAGGCGAAGAGAGAGAGCGGAGGGACUCCAUCAUGAGCCGAGCCUCCAGCAAGUUGAGGAUAGAACACCUCUCCUUCAGAAGAAAUGCUGAUAACAAGAGUGCGCCAGUCACGCCUGUGGUAGACCUCCCCACGCCUACCUUGCAGACGCAGACCUUGGAUGCUCCUCAUCCGCCUGAAAGUCCUCUGGAUUGGAGUGAACGUGGAGCUGGUGAUGGACUGUCUAAUCAACAGGAUAGUGACUUUGAUGAAUUCUCAUCGCAGAGUGAUAGCUCGACGGAUCUGACUGAUAUAAUAAAGAAUGAGAACGGUGACGCGGUGCCACCGACGCCGUCGCUAGGCAAAUGCAGAGCCCUCUACACGUACGAGGCAAGACUGAACGAUGAACUUAAUUUGACGCCAGGAGACAUAAUAAACAUCCACGAGAAGCAAGACGACGGCUGGUGGAGUGGAGACCUGAACGGCAUCUACGGCAUCUUCCCCUCAUCUUACGUCGAGGAGAUCACCACCUGUAUAUAGAACUGGAAACAUCCGGACUAGACUGGUACAAACCGGAAUUAUGCUGUCAAGAAUAGCGAAAGUUGAGACUUACCUAUAGGUAAAACUCGCUCGAAGGUCCAUUGACUGUUGAACAGGAAUUGCUAGAGAAAAAAUGUUUAAUGUUUUUUAUACCUAAACGAUGAAAAUUCUUGAAAAAUCUGUAGUUUACGCAGUCAUUUUGUAAAUUAAUUUUGGAUUCAUUUUAAUAUGAUUUUUAAAAGAAGUGCCAAAAUAAUAAAAAGAUUGCGUGAAACGUUGUUUGUUGCUACAUAAUUAUUAGAAAUAUCAUGAAAAAUAUUCUAUCUACUACUGUUUAAAAUUUAUUAGAAAGAAAAUCGCGCAAACCGUGUAAGAAUAUUAGUUCAAUUUGUAUAAAAAAUGUUGUAAAUUGAAUUCAUUGGACUCUUUAAAAUAUGUAGGUAGGGUUAUGUAGAUACUUUGUAUGUUUAUGAGUUGAGUCCAAAGAUUUAAUACUUACCUACUUAGCAGCAUAUUGCAGGCUUUGGGAGCUUAAAGAACAUCAACUAUCAUAAAAUUAUUUUUCAAUACUAUAUAUAAUAGUGCCUGACUGGCGUCCAGUUUUACCUACAUCUUUUUGUGACAGAAUGAUUAAGCAAUGCGAUAUGAUACCUAAUGUAAAUGCAUUUCAUUUUGUAUACAUACUGUAGGUAUGAAAUAAAAAUAACUGAUUUCUUAAGCAACGACGAUUUGAUGAAAAUAAGUAACCACUGCUAGUAACGGUUUUAUCCACCCUGGCAAUUUAUUUUUUCGGCGACCUAUGUUCAAAGGGUCCACUCUGGCGCCCUGAGCAAUCACAGCUUAGACCAACAUUGAUUUUAUUUUUUGACCAGAGAUGUUAUCAUAAUAACAGUAGUAAGCACUGUGUAUUUAUGAAUAUUACCUACACGAAUAUUGAAAAUAAGUGAUAUUUAUCUAUUCAUAAGACACGAAAGAAUAUCUAGACUAAUAAGUAUUAUAAAAUGUAAAGUGUUGGAGUUUAUGAAAUGUAUAAUAAGUUAAAUUAAUAGGUAUAUAAGUCGAGGAAGUCGCUAUAACAUAUACACUGAACAUGUAAAUUAUUAUCAUAUAAGUAUAUAAAAUUAAACCAAAGUGUUGUUAUACAAAUAAAUUGUUUAAGAAUUA